AUGACUCCUAAGCGGUUUAAUCCGUUUCGUAUACCGGAUAAGCUUCUGAACGACCCUGUUCUUACUGAUAUUAUCCAGAAUUACUUGCCCAGCAACUAUAAUUUCGAAGUCCACAAGACAAUCUGGCGAAUUCGGUGUUUAAAGGCCAAGUGCGUGGCCCUACAAAUGCCUGAGGGCCUUUUACGUUUCGCCACUAUUUUGAGCGAAAUAUUUAAGCGUUUUGGGAGCGCCUCGUAUAAACUUGAUCAGGAGGAUUUAGAACAUGAUCGUGGACUGGAUUUGUCGUCUGAGAUCGAUAUCAUCAUACUUGGCGAUGUAACAUACGGCGCAUGCUGCAUUGAUGAUUUUUCAGCGAAGGCGUUGGGUGCCGAUCUACUUGUGCAUUAUGGUCACAGCUGUCUAAUUCCAGUUGAAAGCUUAUCAGUUUUGUAUGUCUUCGUCGAUAUUAAAUUCGAUAUGGUUCAUUUAAUCGACAGUGUUAAAGCACUUAUUCCCAAAUCUUCGCGAUUUGCACUCGUCUCCACCAUUCAGUUUGUGACAAGUCUGCCGGCCAUUAAGAAAGCACUUGAGGAAAGUGACUUCGACGUGAUCAUUCCACAACGCCUUCCACUUUCACCAGGUGAAUUGCUCGGCUGCACUUCACCUAGGGUCUCGGGGGUUGAUUUUUUGCUUUUUAUCGGCGACGGUCGCUUUCACCUUGAAUCCGCAAUGUUAGCUAACCCAUCUCUUCCCGCAUACAUGUAUGAUCCCUACAACAAAACGCUAACGCGUGAGUCCUACGACCAUGUGGCAAUGCGUGCGGCCAGAGCACUCGCCAUUGAAACUGCCAGAUCCGCCAAAUGCUUUGGAAUAAUUCUGGGUACUCUUGGACGUCAGGGAUCACCACCAGUGGUGCAGUUGUUGCAAAAAAGGAUAAAUGAACUGGGACGUAAGUCCAUCGUUGUUCUCCUCUCGGAAAUAUUCCCCGACAAACUCCAGCUAUUUGGCGACAAAAUUGAUGCCUGGGUUCAGGUUGCAUGCCCUCGUUUAAGCAUUGAUUGGGGAACGGGGUUUCAAAAGCCCCUACUAACACCCUACGAGGCGUCCGUCGCCUUGGGGCUGGCUGGCCAAUCGGCGUGGAGCGAUGAGAACCCCUACCCGACUGACUACUAUGCCUACGACAGUCUCGGUCCGUGGACCCCCAACCACGAAACUAACCGACGACCAGUUAAAGUGCCUUCACUGCGACCCUUAAAACCCGAUUGUUGUAAGGGCACAGGCCAAACGUGUAAUUCGCAGACUACUCAAUAA